AUGAGCAAGUAUAUUUUCUUCUUUUUUUCAUUUCUCUAUACUGUCUACGGUCAACUCCCAUAUGACGUCCAGAACAUUUACAAGCCUUUAAAUUCUCAAUCUGUCAAUGUGAUGCCGGGGGAUAAAAUCUCAGCAGUUUACAAAAUACAGGACAAUGUGAACGAGCUUGAAAAGGAGUAUUCGGAAAAUUCGUUAAAGAAACUUGCAGAGAGGUAUUAUCAAGAAAUAGAAGAGAUGAAUGAAAAUAUAUUGGAAGAAUUAGACCAAAUAAACGAUAUAGUAGGGGAAAGAUCUCUAUAUUUUACAAUAUUUUAG